UUACAACGUCAAGUUUACCGUGCGGAGCUUUUUGUGCGUUCGUCGUUGUCAUCGCCAACGUCGAUUUCAGUUGUUACUGUGUGCUAAGCAACAACGUCGUUGUUGGCGUCGUUUCUUUUUGUGGUCCCUCAGCCACUCGUCACUUAAAGCUCUACUUCCUCGACUCGUCUUCAAAGGCGGCAAAUUAAAAACAAACAAAAAUCUAUUUUGUUUGCAUUUUUCACGAAAGAUUAAAUAUUUAAAGAGCAUUUUCUGCGAAAUUAAAUGGAAAAAAUGUGCAUAACUUAAAAAACCAGUGAGAAAAUUAAAUAAAAAAAAUUUUAAAUACAAAACAAUAAGAGAUAAAAGUGAAAUUAACACGCAAAAAAGAAUUAAAAAAGGAAUUGCAAUAAAAAUUUCUUGCGCUGCACCGGAAGCAUAUAAACAGCCUGCAAAAUUUACUACAAUAUCAGCUUCAACAACUCCGCCAACACCGGGAACUCCAGCAACGCCAGCAGCAAUCAACCGAACGGCAACAGAAUGCUUUUCGAGAAUCCAGCCGUCGCGGCCAAGCUGCCGUUUCCCUACAACGUGCCGCCGCCUUUGCAAGCAGCGGCCGCUGCUGCCGCAGCUGUGCCAAAUUUAAGGUUUCAGACACCAAUAAAAGCGUUUGCCUGCCUGACAGCCACAAGGUUAGUAUCUAUUGAUAAGCUAAAUACAAUUACCGACGAGCAUCGCACGAUGAGCAAUCCGAUUGAUAACGCAGCCGCUGCAGCUGCCGCCGCCGCCGCCGGCCUCAUUGAUCCACAUCACAAUCGGGAUCUGCAUAACGCAUUGGUCGCUUCCAUAGCCAACAGCAAUGUGGCGGCCAUCAAUGGCACAUUGACCACCGCAGCGGUGCUAAAGAGCGCAGCUGCCGCCCAGGCUCAAGCUCAGGCUCAGGUGCAGGCCCAGGUUCAGGUGCAGCAGUCACAGCAGUCGCAGCAGAGCGCAUCAGGACAGACUCAGCAACAGCAGCAGCAGCCCACAUCUGGACAGGAUCAAGCAAGCGUACAGAAUGCAGCCAUCACCAAUGGCAACCAGCAGCAACAGCAGCAGCAACAACAGCAGGCUGCACAGCAGGCAGCCCUGGCACUGCUCAAGGUGGAGAAUGUAAACGGAGCAGCAGCCGCCGCAGCAGGUCAGAAUGGCAGCGGUGCCAACUUGAGCAUCAAGAGCAGCUCGUCUGGCCGUUCGACGCCCAGCAACAGUGGUGGCAGUCUCUCAGAUCCAGCUCCAGGCAAACUGUUCGUGGGCGGCCUCAGCUGGCAGACAUCGUCGGAGAAGCUUAAGGAGUACUUUAACAUGUUCGGCACCGUCACCGAUGUGCUCAUCAUGAAGGAUCCAGUGACACAGCGCAGUCGCGGCUUUGGCUUCAUCACAUUCCAAGAGCCCUGCACCGUUGACAAGGUGCUCAAGGUGCCGAUACACACACUCGAUGGCAAGAAGAUCGACCCCAAGCAUGCCACGCCCAAGAACCGACCCCGUCAAGCCAAUAAGACCAAAAAGAUCUUUGUAGGCGGCGUUUCGCAGGACACAUCCGCGGAGGAGGUCAAGGCCUACUUCAGUCAAUUUGGUGCCGUCGAGGAAACAGUGAUGCUGAUGGAUCAGCAGACGAAGCGCCAUCGCGGCUUUGGAUUCGUCACCUUUGAGAACGAAGACGUUGUGGAUCGUGUGUGCGAGAUUCACUUUCACACCAUCAAGAACAAGAAGGUGGAAUGCAAGAAGGCACAACCCAAAGAGGCAGUCACCCCGGCUGCUCAACUGCUGCAGAAGCGCAUCAUGCUGGGCACUCUGGGCGUCCAGCUGCCCACAGCUCCUGGCCAGCUUAUUGGAGCACGCAGUGCCGGUGUGACCACCAUGAAUCCCUUGGCCAUGCUGCAGACACCCACACAGCUGCUGCAGUCUCCGGCUGCCGCAGCGGCCGCACAGCAAGCGGCGCUCAUAUCACAGAAUCCGUUUCAAGUACAAAACGCAGCAGCCGCAGCCACAAUGGCCGCCAAUCAGAGCAACUUUGGCAAACUGCUUGCCACAUAUCCACAGACAGCGCUGCACAGCGUCAGAUAUGCACCCUACACCAUACCCGCCAGCGCCGCCACUGCCAAUGCCGCAUUGAUGCAGGCCCACCAGGCACAGAGCGCUGCGGUGGCCGCCCAUCAGCAGCAGCAGCAGUCGCACAAUGCCCACGCCGCAGCUGCCGUCGGUCUGCAGCAUCCGCAUCAGCAACAACAACAGCAUCACAAUGCCGCCGCCGUCGCAGCCGCCGCCUCAAACUCAGCCUCUCAGGCACACUCAGCUGCCGCGGCCGCCGCUCUCGCUGCGAAUGCGGCCAACAGCGCGGGCGCCAAUGCCCAUUCCCUGGCCGCCGCUCAACAGGCUGCCCUUGUGGCUGGCAAUCCUCUGAACGCGGCCGCUGCCGCAGCAGCUGCUGCUGGCAAUCCGGCUGCUGCCUAUCCCAAUUAUGCGCUGGCCAAUGUGGACAUGUCCAGUUUCCAGGGCGUCGAUUGGAGCAGCAUGUAUGGCAUGGGCAUGUAUGUCUAAACCGUGCUCAACCCCCCACUUGCUGCCCUCUCUCUUCCCUCGUCCUCGCCCUCGCCCACUUUCUUCUCUCUCCUCUGAAGCCCUUGAUCUAUAUUUCAAUUGGUAAUUUGCAUAGAACAAUAAUGCAUACAGACACAACUACACUCUCAACUCUGACACAUACUUAGAGAACCUCACAUCUCACAUCAUCUCACACAACAAACACACACACACAACGAAAAUUGGUUUACCAUAGUUCUUAGUGCCACACCAAUACACACUACAUAUGAAAGCAUAUUAAGUAUUAUAUUUAAGGGCCCCACGCAAAGGCGAAUUAUAUGCGUUCAAUAAUAAUAACAAACAUGAUAAGCAAUAUAAGCAACAUCAACAACAACAACAACAGCAACAUCAACAACAUACUGCAGCCGGCGAGGCACCGCUGCAAAUAAGCAGAGCAUAAACCACAAAACAAAACAAUGAAUAAUACUACAAAAAGAAAACAAAAAAUUAAACCAAAAAGCAAAAAUUAUUGAAAAAAAAAAACAGAAAAAAAAACUUUAAAAAACCACCGAUU